UCAACAUGGCGGUUUUGUGGAGGAGGCCCGGCUAAUUUUUCUUUUCUUUAAAGGCCUCGCUCUGAGUAGGUGGAUUUUGUCCGUUGAGUAGACCGAGCGUGGGUAGCCAUGGCAAACGUUGGCGGCAUGGGGGACCCUGGCCUCUCCCGGACGAGCAUCGCGUCCCAGUUCUUUGCUGGGGAGGAGACUACUGGCAUAGACACAAUGACUACCUCAGAGAGGGUUGUGGAUUUGCUAAACCAGGCUGCCUUAAUCAGCAAUGAAUCUAAAAUCACAAUCCUCAAGCAGGUCCAGGAAUUGAUUAUAAACAAGGACCCCACGUUGUUGGAUAAUUUCCUGGAUGAGAUCAUUGCUUUUCAGGCAGACAAGUCUGUGGAGGUGCGGAAGUUCGUCAUCGGGUUCAUAGAGGAAGCCUGCAAACGGGACACGGAGCUGCUGCUCAAGCUCAUUGCCAACCUAAACAUGCUGCUGAGGGACGAGAACGUCAACGUGGUGAAGAAGGCCAUCCUCGCCAUGACUCAGCUGUAUAAGGUGGCGCUGCAGUGGAUGGUGAAAUCCAGAGUGAUCAACGACAUGCAAGAGGCUUGCUGGGAAAUGGUGUCCGCCAUGGCCAGCGAAAUCAUCCAGCUCCUGGACUCCGAUAAUGACGGCAUCCGCACCCACGCCAUCAAGUUUGUGGAGGCCCUGAUCAUCACCCUCUCCCCCCGCAUGCCGGAGUCGGAGGUGCCCAAGCGUCACGAGAAUGACAUCAGCCUGGACCGCGUUCCCACGGAUCACACCUACAUAAAAUACAACGCUCUGUGGGAAGAAGGGAAGACAGCGCUGGCACAGCUGCUAAAGUUCAUGGUCCACCCGGCCAUCUCCAGCAUCAACCUGACCGCAGCACUGGGCUCCCUGGCCUCCAUCGCCCGCCAGCGGCCCAUGUUCAUGUCAGAGGUGAUCCAGGCCUACGAGACGCUGCAUGCCAACCUCCCUCCGACGCUGGCCAAGUCCCAGGUGAGCAGCGUGCGGAAGAACCUCAAGCUCCACCUGUUGAGUGUCCUGAAGCACCCGGCGUCCGUGGAGUUCCAGGCCCAGAUCACCACCCUGCUGAUGGACUUGGGGACCCAGCAGGCCGAAAUCACCCGCAACAUGCCCAACCUGAAGGAACUCCGCAAGCGCCCGCGGGACGAGAGCGAUCCCACCUUGAAGAAGAUGAAGAUUGAACCGUCCCUUGGAGAGGAUGACGAGGAUAAAGACCUGGAGCAGGUGGCCGUGCCAGCCCCCAAGCCUUCCAUGCAAGUCAGCCCGCAGUCGGACACCGACAUAACCGCCGAGUUUCUGCAGCCCCUUUUGACCCCGGAUAACGUGGCCAACCUGGUCCUCAUCAGCAUGGUAUACCUGCCUGAGAACAUGCCUGCUUCUUUCCAAGCUACCUAUACACCCGUGGAAUCGGCUGGCACAGAAGUCCAGAUCAAACACCUUGCCCGGCUAAUGGCUACCCAGAUGACGGCAGCUGGCCUGGGACCAGGUGUGGAGCAAAUCAAACAGGCCAAAGAGGCCAUAAAAGAAGAGAAAAUCGCCAAACCUGAAAGUGUGCUGAUCAAACGGCGCAUCUCCGCUCUCAACUCAGGCCAGGCCAUCUCGGUGGUGGGGGCUCAAAGCUCCACCUCCUCGGUUGUCGCUGAGCCAGGAGCUCCACAGGCCAAACGACGCCCAGAACCCAUCAUCCCCUCCACCCAGCCCAGGUUGGCCGGGGCCAGUGGCCGCAAGAAAAUCUUCCGCCUGAGCGAUGUGAUCAAGCCUCUUACAGACGUGCAGAAGGACAAGUUGAAGCUGGCGGCUGUGAAGCGGAUCUUGCGCUCCGAGAAGGCUGUGGCCUGCAGUGGGGCGGCCCACGCCCGGGUGAAGAUCCUCUCAUCCCUGGUGACCCAGUUUGAGGUCCCUCUAAAGAGAGAGGUCCUGGCCUUCGUUCUGGAUGACAUCCGCAGCCGGCUGGACCUGGCCUUUGCCUGGCUCUAUCAGGAGUACAACGCCUACCUGAGCCAAUACCCCACGGGCUCCCUCAACAACUACGACGAGUGUCUCAUCGGGUUGCUCUCCGGCCUUCAGGAGAAGCCUGACCAGAAAGAUGGGAUCUUCACCAAGGUUGUUCUUGAAGCCCCGCUCAUCACCGAGAGUGCCCUGGAAGUGAUCCGGAAGUACUGCGAAGAUGAGAGCCGGACGUACCUGGGCAUGUCGACUCUCCGGGACCUGAUUUUCAAGCGCCCAUCUAGACAGUUUGAAUAUCUGCACGUUCUCUUGGACCUCAGCUCCCAUGAGAAGGACAAGGUUCGCCAGCAAGCACUGCUUUUCAUUAAGCGGAUGUACGAGAAGGACCAGCUGCGGGAAUACGUGGAGAAGUUUGCCCUGAAUUACUUACAGCUCCUGGUCCACCCCAAUCCUCCCUCUGUCCUCUUUGGUGCUGACAAAGAUACAGAAGUGGCUGCUCCCUGGACAGAAGAGACCAUCAAGCACUGUCUCUAUCUCUACUUGGCCCUUCUUCCUCAGAACCACAAACUGAUCCACGAGCUGGCGUCUGUGUACACCGAGGCAAUUGCUGACAUCAAGCGCACCAUCCUCAGGGUGAUAGAGCAGCCGAUCCGUGGGAUGGGAAUGAAUUCCCAGGAGCUGCUCAAACUGGUUAAAAACUGCCCCAAAGGUGCAGAGACCUUGGUGACCCGGUGCCUGCACAGCCUGACAGAUAAAGUCCCUCCAUCUCCGGAGCUAGUGAAGCGAGUUCGAGAUCUGUACAACAAGAGGCUUCCGGACGUUCGAUUCCUGAUCCCUGUACUCAAUGGCUUGGAAAAGAAAGAGGUGAUCCAGGCCCUGCCGAAACUCAUCAAGCUGAACCCUAUCGUGGUGAAGGAGGUUUUCAACCGCCUGCUGGGAACGCAGCACGGUGAAGGCAACUCUGCCGUUUCUCCUCUGAAUCCUGGGGAAUUGCUGAUUGCCCUUCAUAACAUCGACUCCACCAAGUGUGACAUGAAGUCCAUCAUCAAAGCUACCAAUCUCUGCUUUGCUGAGCGCAAUGUAUACACGUCAGAGGUGCUGGCCGUGGUGAUGCAGCAGCUCAUGGAGCAGAAUCCGCUGCCCAUGCUCCUCAUGCGGACAGUGAUCCAGUCGCUGACCAUGUAUCCGCGCCUGGGCGGCUUUGUCAUGAACAUCCUUUCCCGCCUCAUCUUGAAGCAGGUGUGGAAGUACCCAAAAGUCUGGGAGGGCUUCAUCAAAUGCUGCCAGCGCACCAAGCCCCAGUCCUUCCAGGUGAUCCUCCAGCUGCCGCCCCAGCAGCUCAGCGCGGUCUUUGAGAAGUGUCCGGAGCUGCGGGAACCUCUGUUGGCCCACGUCCGCUCCUUCACCCCUCAUCAGCAAGCCCAUGUCCCCAAUUCCACCAUGGCCAUCCUGGAAGCCAGCAGCAAGCAAGACAUUGAAGGGAAGGAGCUGCAGCCGCUGGAGGAUGUGAGGGGCGCUCCCCCUCCCAGGACCAAGGCCCUGAGACGAGAGAGAGAGGAAGAAAUGGAGCUUCAGCCCCUCCUACCUCGUGUGUCCCAGGAUAUGAUUGCCCUGCGCCUGGCACAGGAAAAGGCCCUCAAGCGCCACCUGGAAGAGGAGCAGAAGCUGAAGCAGCAGCAGGCCCGUCCGGCAGCCCCCACCACCCCCACCCCACCCCCUGCCGAGGAGUCUGUGGACUUGCGCGAGGACGUCCCCGAGGCCGAGACGCCCACCAUCUUCAUCAGCAUGCAGGAAGAAGAUGAGAGCUUUGGUGGAGAUAGCUCCCUGUUGGAUUCCAGUCUGGAGGAGCCCUGGCCCAUCAAGGAACUGCAGAGUAAGGAAGGCCCAGCCAGUAGCAGCAGCUCAGAUGAGGGGUCAUCAAGCAAACUACCUGCAGUCAACCAAGCAAGCCCCUCACCAGAGGAGCCUGCAAAGGACAGCCAGCCAGCAGAGGCAAAGUCACCCAGCCCAUCGGAGGAGCAGCCAGAUCCCAGCAUAGAGGAAGACAAGAAAACAGACAACUGAUGAUUCAGAAGAGAAGAGGAUCCAAAGAAAAGGAUUGAGCAUAAAGAGACUGGGGGAGGGGCCAGAAAGAGAAAUGGCAAAGAUUAGAUUUCUAAAUUAAAAAAUUCAGAUCCCA